AUGAAGGAGUAUACACAAGUUACGAUGCCGAAUUACUCGUAUAUGUUUAAUUUCGAAUCAGAUUUCAUUCAUCAGAAGACCCGCACGUGGAUGCAGGACAACUGGACUAUGGGGUUUUACUAUUGUGGCAUUUACAUGGUUCUUAUAUUUGGUGGACAGUACAUAAUGCAGAAUCGACCUAGAUUCGAAUUAAGAGGUAUUUUGGUGCUGUGGAAUACCCUGUUAGCUACGUUUAGUAUAAUGGGUGCUUGCCGAACAGUGCCAGAGUUCUUUCAUACAUUAACCCAUCACGGAUUAUACCAUUCUGUAUGUAUUCCUUCAUUUAUUGAACAGGAUAAAGUGUCAGGUUUCUGGACUUGGAUGUUUGUACUUAGUAAACUUCCAGAACUUGGAGAUACCAUAUUUAUAGUGCUUAGAAAGCAGCCUUUAAUAUUCCUACAUUGGUACCAUCACAUAACUGUUUUACUGUAUUCUUGGUUCAGUUAUACCGAAUACACUGCCAGUGCUAGAUGGUUUAUUGUGAUGAAUUAUUGCGUCCAUUCAGUGAUGUAUUCCUACUAUGCUUUAAGAGCUAUGAGAUACAGCCCGCCGAGGCAGAUAGCAAUGCUUAUUACCUCACUACAGUUGCUUCAAAUGAUUAUUGGUUGUGCAGUGAACCUGUGGGCGAGACAGUUGCUUCAGCAGCAACAGGAAUGCCACAUUACGCCCCUGAAUAUUAAACUGUCAGUUGCGAUGUAUUUCAGUUACUUUGUUUUGUUUGCGAGAUUUUUCUAUAAGGCCUACAUGUCCGGUGAUAGGAAAUCGAAGACGAGAAAUGCACCAGUCACUGCAGAUUAUCCACUGCUUAAAUCUAAAGUACAGUAA